CCUCCUUAUGGGGCCCCGAGGAGGCGCCGGACGGGGCGGGAGGAGCGGCCGCAGGUGCGCGGGGGGAACCGGGGUCCGGGAGGCGGUUCAGGCUUGGGGUGCGCUCUGAGUCAGUGUGUGUGUGAGCCCCGCGCAGACAUGAGCCCCAAAAGCUGCCUCGGCUGCACCAAGUGCUUCCUCUUUCUCCUCAACCUCUUCUUCUUCUUCCUGGGCAUCCUCCUUCUCGCCUUCAGCUUUUGGAUCCUCUUCGACCGGCAGAGCUUCGCCGCCGUGCUGGGGUCACCACUGGUCAGCCUGAGAGUCUGGUCUUAUGGCUUCUCUGGGGUCGGCAUCAUCACGAUGCUCCUGGGAUUCCUGGGGUGCCUGGGGGCCCUCAAGGAGGUCAAGGUCAUGCUGGGCCUGUAUUUUGGGCUCCUUCUGCUGCUCUUCGCUGCCCAGAUAGCGGUGUCCAUCAUUGUCUACACGCAGCGUGCCACUCUGGCUACGAAGGUGGCCACCUACGCAGCGGAGCUGAUCCGGGGGUACCCAGCCCAGGGACCACCUGGGGACCCCCACGAGAGCUGGGAUGCUGUCCAGCAGCAGGUGAGACCUACCCCAAAAGAACCCCAGAGCUACUCCACGGCCACCACACUGACACCCCUGCCCCACCCACAGCUCAGCUGCUGUGGCUGGAAAAGGCCUCAGGACUGGGACUACCACGAUGACACCACCACAGACUGGGACAGGAACAGGGCCAUUGCUUGCUCCUGCCUCAGGGCACCCAACAGCACCCAAAAGAACCCAUGGAUGCUCCCUCACGGCCGCUGUCCCAUGGCUGCCCCCGAGGACAUCUUCCCUAGGUUGUCACCCCAGGGCUGCAAGGAGAGCGUCCAGACCUGGCUGGCUGGAAACCUGGUCACCAUCGUGGGGGUUUGCAUAGGCAUCGGCCUGGGAGAGCUCUCCCUACUGAUGCUGUCGAUGUUCCUGGUCCGGAACCUGGACUCCAACUACGAGAAGCUGCUGCGGGGACUCUGAGGGGGCCAGGGUGGUGUGGGGGGAAGCGCGGAGGGCUUUGU